GUGCCGGUGCCCGGCGGGCAGCGCGGGGCGGCCCCGACGGCCGCGGGGGAGCCGGGGAGAAACGAGGAGCAGCGGCUGCGCCGCUCGGCGAUUGGAGAAAGAAAGAGGCUCAUUGAGCCCGGGGCCAGCGCGAUGGGCUGAGCCCGUCCCGACUGAAGUGACUCACUACACUCCGCCGGCCCCGCGCUCUCUCUCACUCCCUCGCUCGUUCCCGCUGGCGGCGGCCGCCGCCUUCCCCCGUCCCCGGCCCCGUCCCCCGCCGCACGCCGAGCCCGCUGCCUUGGGAUCUGAGCUUCUGGUAAACACGUUGGCCUGUUAAAGGACAUGAUUCAGACUGUCCCAGAUCCAGCAGCUCACAUCAAGGAAGCAUUAUCAGUGGUGAGUGAAGACCAGUCCUUGUUUGAGUGCGCCUACGGAUCGCCCCACCUUGCGAAGACAGAAAUGACGGCCUCCUCCUCCAGUGAAUAUGGGCAGACAUCAAAGAUGAGCCCACGUGUUCCCCAGCAGGACUGGUUAUCACAGCCCCCAGCCAGAGUCACCAUCAAGAUGGAGUGUAACCCAAACCAGGUUAAUGGAUCAAGGAAUUCACCUGAUGACUGCAGCGUGGCAAAAGGAGGGAAAAUGGUUAGCGGUUCAGACAAUGUUGGGAUGAACUAUGGAAGCUACAUGGAAGAGAAGCACAUUCCACCUCCAAAUAUGACUACCAAUGAACGAAGAGUUAUUGUGCCAGCAGAUCCUACGUUAUGGAGCACAGACCAUGUACGGCAGUGGCUGGAGUGGGCAGUGAAGGAGUAUGGUCUUCCAGAUGUGGACAUCUUGUUGUUCCAGAACAUCGAUGGGAAAGAGUUAUGUAAAAUGACCAAAGACGACUUCCAGAGACUCACUCCGAGCUAUAACGCAGAUAUCCUCCUGUCACACCUACACUACCUCAGAGAGACUCCUCUUCCACAUUUGACUUCAGAUGAUGUUGAUAAGGCCUUACAAAACUCUCCACGGUUAAUGCAUGCUAGAAACACAGGAGGUGCCACUUUUAUUUUUCCAAAUACAUCAGUUUACCCAGAAGCAACACAAAGAAUAACAACAAGGCCAGAUUUACCUUAUGAGCAAGCAAGGAGAUCAGCAUGGACGAGUCACACCCAUCCCACUCAGUCAAAAGCUACUCAGCCAUCAUCCUCAACAGUGCCCAAAACAGAAGACCAGCGUCCUCAGUUAGAUCCUUAUCAGAUUCUUGGACCGACCAGCAGCCGUCUUGCAAAUCCAGGGAGUGGGCAGAUACAGCUAUGGCAAUUCCUACUGGAGCUUCUCUCAGACAGCUCCAACUCCAACUGCAUCACCUGGGAGGGAACCAAUGGAGAGUUCAAGAUGACCGACCCCGAUGAAGUGGCUCGGCGUUGGGGAGAGAGGAAAAGCAAACCUAACAUGAACUAUGACAAACUCAGCCGUGCACUUCGCUACUACUAUGAUAAAAAUAUUAUGACUAAAGUUCAUGGCAAAAGGUAUGCCUACAAAUUUGAUUUCCACGGAAUUGCUCAGGCUCUGCAGCCUCACCCGCCGGAAUCAUCCAUGUACAAAUACCCAUCAGACCUCCCCUACAUGAGUUCCUACCACACACACCCCCAGAAGAUGAACUUUGUAGCUCCCCACCCCCCAGCUUUGCCCGUAACCUCGUCCAGCUUUUUCGCUGCCCCUAAUCCAUACUGGAAUUCACCAACUGGAGGUAUCUACCCCAAUACCAGGCUGCCAGCUGCUCAUAUGCCUUCUCAUCUUGGCACCUACUACUAAGUGGGGAAGGAAAGAAACACCAGAAAAAGCAAAAACACUGCUCACUGGGAUACAGUCCCCAGUGAAUUGCAAUGAACUCUAUCAGAGUACAUGAAUUAAAAGUGCCUAAAGAGACAGGUGAAAGUUUGGCUGCGAGAAAAACACAUUAAAUUUCAAAAAGACUUUUUGUAGUAGGGAUUUGAAGGAGAUAUUCAAGAAGUAUUAAGAUACUAAAAUGUAAUGUAUAUGGGCAUCGACUCUGUGGACCAAACAACAAUAGACUGUUGUAGGUAAAAGCAUGAAAUGAUAAGGAAAACCUAUGAAAGCUCAUGGUCUUAAAAAGUUGAUAAGCUUAUGGGUAAAGUUUGUUAUCUUGCUAGUGCAAAACCUGGGACUAUAAUACAGCAAUAUAAGGAUAAGUCUAUAGUGACCUAACAUACAAUAUAUGAAUCAUUACAAAAGAGGGAGAAAAGGGAUUAAAAAGGAAAAAAAAUAUAUCCAAACACCUACCUGUAUUUAAAAAAUAGAAACAUAUCAACAUAGACUCAUUUAGUGUGGAAGCUGAUCUGGAAUAUGACAGCAUUGUUUUGAUUAAAAUCAGAUGCAUUCCAUUCAUCAGAGUGUUAUCUGCUACUCAAACUGUGAAGACAACCCAAACUUUAUGAUUCCUUGACAGUAUUACAAGAACCCUGAGCCAAACAUGGGAAAUGAGAAUGUGCUGAAGGGCAUGUGUAUGAUUGUAGAUCAGAGGCCUGCACCUGACAGAGGAAGCGGAAAGGAGAUGGAGGAGGACAAAAGUCAAUGAGAAUGAGAGGAAAUAAACUUCUUUAUCAGUAGAGACUGAAGAGACUGAAAAAUUAGUAGUGUUGGGACUGUGAAGAAAUACUUGUUUGGACUUGUGAAACAUUUUGCUCAGUAUCAUACCAUUCCCAGUAUUACAGGAGGAACAGACUUGUUUUUAUAGUAAUUAAAAAAAAAAAAAAUGGAAAAAGGGAAAAGCAGAAGAAAUCAGAAUAUGCAUCUCUUUUUUUUUUUUUUAAAAAAAAAAAAAAGUAAAACUGGAAUUGUAUUUGAUAUUUAAAAGUUAACCAGUUAGAACCUCAUCAUUAUUAAGGGGGUUUCUUUUCUAUUGGCUAAAGCAAGAGACAACCCCUGACUGCCAAAAUCAGAAAUCACCUAAGUAUUUUUGUUAGGCGGGCGCCAGUUUUUCUUUAUUGAGUCGCGAACGCUGUGCGUUUGUCAGAAUGAAGUAUACAAGUCAAUGUUAUUUUUUCCUUUUUAUAUAAUUAUUAUAUAACUUAUGCAUUUAUACACUACGAGUUGAUCUCGGCCAACCAAAGACACAAAAAAGGGACAAUCAAAAAUAUUGUGGCCUUGAAUUUUAACUCUGUAUGCUUAAUGUUUACAUUAUGAAUAUAUUAGUACUUAGAAUGCAGAAUGUAUGUAAUAAAAUAAGCUUGGCCUAGCAUGGCAAUUCAGAUUGACACUGUAGUUUGCAUUUGCAUUUGCAUUUUUAGUACCUGACACACCUAUCAGACCUACUUCCCACUAAGUUAAAAAGUAUUUUGUUUUAAAAUUUUGUUUCAUUAAAUGUGUUAAAUGUAGGGCCAAAUAGCAAUGCUUAACAUAAAUUAAACAGAUGCUGUGUAUUUUCUAGAAAAUUCUUCAGAACUGAUUGCAGCCCUCUGUAAUAGUGCCUUGCCAUUCCUGUCCUAAGCUUCUUUUGCCCAGAGAUUGCAACCAUGCCCAUUUCUUUGACAUCUUCAUGGCCAAGAUUGAAAAUGAAUCUAAAGUAGGCCUCUAAAGAAGAAUCCUUUCACCCAGAAACUAUCUUAUGUUGCCACCAGAUUAUGCAUUAUAAUCUCAACCUGAGAUGUAUCUUCAUACUGACACAUAUGUUGAAUUACUAUGCCCCCUUCCUAUUAAUACAUACUGUAUUAUUAUUAGUAAAUAAAGUGAAUAAUGAAUAACUUCCAUUAUUCCAUUAGACUGGAGUGUAUAGUAGCUUGUUAAUUUGUUAUUGCAAUCCAUCUUGGCUGUUUACAAAGGGCAGGACGUUUUCUUUCUGUUCUAAAUUUAGAGGCUUCCCACAUUGUACCCUGGGUUCCAAAACUACAUCUGAUGCCUAAUGGCAUGGCUCCCAUUUUUUUUGCAACAUCAGCUGAAGAACUGGUCUUCAAAAUUAGCAUUCAUCCGCAUCAGCUCAUACCUCCAACUAUUUCACUUCCUUUUGCUGUUCUUUUGUCUCUUUUUAAGACAAAAUGAGCAUGGUUUCAGGUUUAAUAGCAAAUGUUCUUCAUAUUUGUUUUGGGGAGUAGUAAUCAGUGCUGUGUGCUAACUUGCAAGACUCCCAUGUUAUGGGUGUUUUGGUGGCAAGUCAUAAACACAGGGUUAUAUUACUAAUGUUUGAGACCUGAGCGGUAGCACUGUAAGCCUCGUAAUCGUUCUGGAAAUAACUACUGUAUCUCUUAAAAAAUCAAAACUCACUGAAAGGUUAGAAAAACUGAUUUAUUGGAAAAGGUUAGUCACUCAGUAUUUUAAAAAGUUAUGGUCGGCACACCUACAUGCUGUCUAUAACAAUAAUAGUUUGUCUUUCAGUAGAAAUAUAUCUACUGAUGCUUGCAAACUACUUCAUGUGUACUUUUAACUAAAAAAAAAAAAAAAAAAAAGGUAAGUGCAUUGUUGAAUCAUGUCUACAUUAAACACUUAAAAAUCCAGAUUAAAGAAGCAUUUGUGUUUAGAUUGGCUAGAACUUGCCUGGCGGCCUCCAAAUAGUCUCCUGUGCUUGCAGAGUUGUGCCUAAGAUUUCCAGAUAAUGUUGCCCAGCUGCCAACAUGUACAAGAACAACAUCCAGAUAUGGAAAGACAGGGUACAAGUCCUCACUGCAGGAGGGAUGGAGUCACAGCAAGUGUGUGUGACGAAGACCUCUCACAAGGAAGAGCAAGAUCCUACAACAGGCCAUGAGAAAUCAGUCCUGGACAACCAUCUUAGUGCUACACCUCUCCCCAGGGCUGACUCACAGCAUUCCAGGAGCCUUGGAACACCUGGGUAUUUCAACCCACAGGAUGAAGAGGAGAGUGAAGGAUGGAGAGUCCUUAUUGCUGCUAGAGAAAUAGGUUGGAGCAGGUGGUUCUGCUGGAUCUGUCUACCAUGGGGAAAGAAGCAGCCCAUUGUUCAAAAGUAUUUGCAGAAGCAAAACAGGCAGUGGACCCAUGGCAGUAUCUCUGCUGCUCACUACUUGCUAGUUUGGGCACAGCACAGCCAAAAUCAGCCUCAUGAAAGCUGAACUGCCUCUGUAUCACAGGGAACAUCCACAUGAGUCUCAGCUGCAUCCCAAGACAUUGGCUGGAAGAGUUAUCUGCCUGCUUAAGCACCUGAAUGCACGGACAGCAUGACUUAGAGUAGUCCUUGUUUGUACAGGUUAGUCACACUAAUGUAUUUGUUUAAAUUUUAAAUUUUAAAACAGUAUAGCAAUAUGUGGACUGCUCUGAAAGUAGCAGCUUUAUUUUUCCUGAACUUAAGGUUAACAUGUGUGCUUAUCUUUAUUUAAGAUAUAUGCUCCUGUCUGAGAAGUUGCACUGUAACAGGGAACAUAAAAUUGAGACAAGAAUCUCAAAAGUAGCUCAAAUCUCACUUUUCUUUAUCAAGACAUUCUACAAUAUUAAAUCAGACUUAGUGAAUAUACUAAAAAUGUCUCUAAAGUAUGUAUUUUAUAACACCUGUAUUGGGACUUAUAAGGCCAACACAGAAUUUCUCAGAGGUCAAGAUGGCACAGCACCAAUCAUACUGAAUGGCUUCAUUCCUCUCACUUUCCACAUUUAGAAAAGUCCAACCAGGGUACCUCAAAUAUCACAUGCUUUUUGAACUACCCACAUAAAUACAGAGAUCAUCAGUGAUGUAGACUUUCUUCUACAACUGCUCCUGCUCAGCCUGUUUCUCAGACCAGUUAAGAAUUCCUUUAAAAAUGUUGUUUUAAAUACAAAUACAUUAAAGAGAGGAAAGAAAAAAGAAGAAAGAAAAAAAAAAAAAGAAAAGCAAUAGUGUUUUUAUUAUAUUUCUUAUGAUCCCAUGGUAUUUUUUUAUGACUACACAAGAGGAAUGGCCUGGAGAGUAACCUGAAUCACUGGUAAACUGGAAUAACACCUAAUCUGCCCAAAGGAUAUUGUUAAUCCAUGCUUGAACUAUAAGUGCUUCCUGAAGAAAUCCUGAUGCAGUGCAAGUGCUUAGCUCCCUUUCUGGCCUGUGGAAGGAUCCAUUGGAUGUUUUCACUGCAAAUCCUAUCAGUCUUUGAGAUCUAUGUUAAGAAGACUACACACUACCAUAGAGGCUCACAGUGGACUGAAGCCAGUCCUUGGGCUUAUCUGGGACUUUGCUGAGCAUCAACAAAAUGAAUCCUUUAAGGAGUAAUAGAUAGCAACACACAAUGGAAAAUAAAUUAAAACCAAAAAAGAAGAGACCUCCUCUUUUCUUGAUAAAGGAUAUUUCUUCUCUUUUAUCCCUCACUGGAAUUGUCACUUCCCUUGCUGUGCUGGGUUGUUCAGAGAACUCUCAGCUGAGAAUUGAGUUCAGCUAGAAGCUUGCAGUUUGUAGGGCUCAGGGGAAGCCAUCCUUCAGAAGCUGAAGUUAGGAAGGCAAAGGCUAAGGAGGCCAAGUAACACCCCCCUUUGUUAAUCAUCACUAUGUCUGUCCAUUCAUAAUAAGCACUACAUAUAAGCACAUCUGGUUAAGUUAUGCAGCUCUCGGCUAUGCACUUCCUCAUGCUUCUCACCUUCUGGUCAUGUCUUGACUUCUGUGAAGACUGUAUGAGUGGGGUCUCGCCUUGAUUUCAGCAAGAGGAGAAAGGAAAAUGAGGUCUGAGUAAGUCACACUUCUGCAGAAAGCAUGUGAGGUUGCUCAAAAGUACACACUGGCUACUUACAGGUUUACAGGUUCCAGCUGCAGCCUCCAAAGUGGCUAGACUCCGCUUCUGCCAAUUGGGUAUCAUGGCCACUCCUUAAAGGCACUAACCGCAGAGGCUACAUCAGAUGCAUGACUCAGUAAGAGACUUGCUUGAAAAACUGGAUCACAUCACUAACAGGGUGUCUCUUCAGGCUGUUGGCCUCCAAGAACUAUAUGUCUUUUCUGCAUUCUGCUGCCAGUGGCACAUAGAGACAAAUACUGGUCAAGCAAAGGGUAAGCCAAUUAACAAGAAUAUUAGGCCAUGUGUAAUGUGGAAAAUUGUUUCAAAACCUAAUGACUUCCAUUGCUUAAAAAUACAUACCUCUUCAGGAAAACAAAAUAAAGCAUACAAUUUGUUUUUAUGAGAUGUACUUUUACAUCACUGAAGAUUUCUAAAAAUCAGACAGAAAAUGUCUUGGACUGUUCACUAGAAUCUUUGGCUGUAUAUAUUUUACAAAAGGAUAAGGUAUGGAAUAGUUUUCUAUGAACAUUCUUAGAAUAAAUAGUGUGAAUGUUUACUCAGGUAA